ACCUUCCCGUAUAGUACAUUGCUGUCAGCCAGCCCAAUCGAUUGUUAUUGUUUUCGCUCUCACAUUAUAAGUUUUCAUUCAACAAUAGUCAGGUUACCUAAAACAACGGAAGUUUUAAUCGCAAAACGAAAUGUCCAAAAGAACCUCAACCGUAGUUGCGGAGGAGGACAACUACCUUGAUGAUUUGGUACAAGACCAACAAAGCAAUCGACCAUCCAGUAGCAAACACACAUUGGACUCGGAUGAAGAGGACAGCGGUGACGAUGAUGCUCAGUACACUUUAAAUGAUAAUGAUAUCGAAGGUGAGGAGGAGGGGAUCGCUCGGGUAGACGGAGAAACUAAGUUCACACCUUUCAAUAUGAAGGAGGAAAUGGAGGAAGGACACUUCGACGCAGAUGGACAUUAUCUUUGGAAAAAAGGAGCGGAAAUCCGUGAUAAUUGGUUAGAUAAUAUAGAUUGGAUUAAAAUUAAGAAGGAUCCAAAUUAUAAGGAUAAAAAUGACGCUGCAGUUAAGGGACUGGGAGAUUCGGAUUCAGAUGAUGAUGAAGAAAAGACAAAACCGUUCGAUUCGUUUGUCACUUAUCAGGCUAUUUUAAACAUGAUGGAGCCACAUGAAACCAUCAAAAAGACACUUCAAAGAAUUGGCAAAAAGACGGCAAAGUUAACAACGGCACAACGUUGGAAAAUGAGAAAAGCUGGCACGGUUGAUGAGUCUAGCGAAAUGGUAACCAAACUAACCGCGUUAGCUAAUGAAAUAUUAACUCGCGAAGGUAAUAUGGACAUUUACGAUGAAACUUACGAAAUAAUUCAAAAAAAGUUAAGCACAUCCAAAACGAAAGCAGGCGAUGAGUUAGAUAUGUACGCGGAUGAUUUUGAUAGUAAAGAGAAAGAUAAGCUAGUAGACGGUCAUUCAGAAAAUGAACCGUCUACUGCUUCGGAUACGAAACCUUCCUCAUCGAAGGAUGCGAAUGAUGAAGACAAACGGCCUCUUAUGUGGGAGUAUAAAGAGCAGCAAAACGCAGAUAAGAUAAAAGGGCCGUUUACCACGGAACAGAUGCGACAAUACUCCGAAGAAGGUAAAUUCAAUAAUGGGGCAUUUGUAAGAAAGGUAGGCUCGGAGGAUUCGCGAUUUUAUUCUGCUGCCAGAAUUGACUUUGAAUUGUAUUUAUAAUUCGCAUGAUACUUAAUAAAUAAAAGAAUAC